AUGACACUCGGCUCUGUCUCGCUGGACACAUGGGGAAGCAACUGGGUUGGUGAGAUUGUGAUUGCCUCUCGGCGACUGGAGACUCUUGAAAGAGCACAAGAGAUGAACACAACAGAGAAGUUUUACCUUCCCGUUGAUGGCAUUCUCGAAAUGUUGAACUCUCUCACCGGGCAUCAACAAUCAAGCAUUACGCACCCAGAUCUUCAGAGCAGCUCACUCGGUCCAGUGCUCCAGCACCCCAAAGUCUCAAGCAUAGCGACAGGCAUGGGGCUCGUCAAAAAGGUUAAGGGGUGCUGGAGACAGCAGGAUACGAGGAUAGUUGUGAGUAGAUCCUCAAGUUCUGGCAAUCGGCAAGUGUCGGCUGAUCGACUCCCGAAGAGGUCCGUGGACCUGCUGGAGUUGCGUUUGACUAAGCCCAGAAAUUGUCAUAGAAUAGUUGUGCUUGGUGCGCCCAGAGUGGGUAAAACGAACAUCCUCCGGCGGUUCAUGGGAAAAGACUUUGAGGAGAGCUAUGAGCCCACAAUCGAAGACUUCCACAGAAAGCUGUUCCACAUAGGAGGAGAGGCAUACCAGGUCGAUCUUCUGGAUGCGGCAAGUGAGAGGGACUUCCCUGCCAAACGCAGACUAUCUAUCCUGACAGGUGACAUUUUUCUGCUCGUCUUCAGUUUGGAUGACAGAGAAUCUCUGAGUGAAGCCUGUGAGCUGCUCAGCGAAAUCAAAGCUGCUAAGGCAAAGUUGCUGAAAUUAAAACGGCCAAUGAGAGUGCCGGUCAUUGUAUGCGGCAAUAAAGGGGACUUAGACUCAGAGAGAGUCGUGAGACGGCCAGACGUGGGGAAAAUCCUCGGCGAGGAUAUCCCAUUCUUCGAAACCUCUGCUAAAACCGGUACCGGGCUGGACGCGAUGUUCAGAGCCCUUGCCUCUCUGGGUGGACUACCUCACGAGACCAGUCCAUCGCGACAUCAGGUCAUACCCAUCCUCACCUACCGGUCGCUGUACGUCGGCCAGCGAGGCAGGAGGGGUAGCCGUACGCGGGUACUCUCUGCGCCCUGUGCCGCAGUGGACCCUCUGGCGCGCCGCCCGAGCUUCAACAGCGACCUGCAACUCGUGCUUGGAUCAAGCACCAAACACAACAAACCCGAGAAGUGUCAGAUUCAAUGA